CGGACGCCGCGGAGACCCCGGAAGUGCCCGCGGGGCGCCGCGCUCAGUUCUGCCGCCUCUCUUGCCGAGCCCUGGGGUGCACUACUGGCCUGGCCAUGGACGAUACCCUGUUCCAGCUGAAGGGCCAGGCCCAAAGGGGACAGUAGUGAGAUACCUGAGGAAUGGGUCCUGAAAGAUAAGCUCUUUGUGUCCUGCUUGGAGCCUUAUGGUUUCUGUUCAGUUCACAGCAAAACAACUGGAGAAGCUGGCCAAAAAGGCUGAGAAGGACUCCAAGACUGAACAAGCCAAAGUAAAGAAGGCCCUUCAGCAGAAAAAUGUGGAGUGUGCUCGAGUCUAUGCUGAAAAUGCCAUUCGCAAGAAGAACGAAAGUGUGAACUGGCUCCGCAUGGCAUCCCGUGUGGAUGCGGUGGCCUCUAAGGUCCAGACAGCUGUGACCAUGAAGGGGGUGACCAAGAACAUGGCACAGGUGACCAAAGCACUAGAUAAGGCUCUGAGUGCCAUGGAUCUGCAGAAAGUGUCGGCAGUGAUGGACAGGUUCGAGCAGCAGGUGCAGAACCUGGAUGUACACACAUCGGUGAUGGAGGACUCCAUGAGCUCGGCCACCACACUGACCACUCCUCAAGAGCAGGUGGACAGCCUCAUUAUGCAGAUUGCUGAGGAGAAUGGCCUGGAGGUUCUGGAUCAGCUCAGCCAGCUGCCUGAGGGCGCUGCUGCUGUGGGCGAGAGCUCCGUACGCAGCCAAGAGGACCAGUUGUCCAGGAGGUUGGCUGCCCUGAGGAACUAGCUGCACCUUUCAGGGGUGGCACCACCCCCACCUGUGCUGUGCUGGAGACUCCUGCGCGCACACACACCCCGCCUCCCCCAGUGUGCUCACCUUCAUCUGACCCUGCAGAGCUGAGCAGCAGCCUCCCCUGGCUCCUCCCACCUGCCAGGCCAGCUGCCUCAGAACUGGUCCUGUUUCUUUAGGUGUAGGUGGAUCUUUGUCCCACUGUUGAGUUUGCACAAACUUGUGUGCGUGGCUUCUGUGACUCCGUAGCCAGGAGAUUGGAGGCCCCUCUGUCUUGCUUGGAGUCGGCAGGGUCUGGCCAGUGGUGCACGUGGACUUCAGCACAACUCUGUGGAGCCUUCAGUGUCCAGUGACCGCUGCCUGCUGUUUGCCAGUGAAGGUUCGAGACACCCUUUGCUCAGCAGCUCUGAGGAGAUGCCUUUGGACUUGUGUAUGACAGAGGAUACCCAGUGCCCCCAACAACGUCCUGAGCUCUUUACAACUGUGACCCUCUUCUCUGUCCUUGUAGGCCAAGGGCAUUGGCCAUAACUGCCAGCUGGAUGAGCCUGCUUGGGCCUCCUGUCCUUGGCUCCUCUGCCUAGCCCACAAGGACAGAUCAGCUGCCCGGUCCAAGUCCAGGCAUACCCACAUUGGGUGUUCUUACCCCUGCUGGCCACCCCUGGAGGUGCCUUGGGCCACCUGGGCCAAGCUUGCCCUGUGUCUGCCCUGCCGCUGACUGGAGGCUCCUCUGCACAUGGCCUCCUCCUCCGUCGUGCCUCACUCGGUGGGAUGCCCCUGUGUCUCCCCCUGGCUUCCCCCUCCUGCCCAAGCAUGAAGAAAAAUGGCUGACAGAGGGAGCCUGGCCAGGUCUGGGGCUGGCAUGGGACUCCACAGCAGCCGUGCAGUGGACAGCUGGCUGCGGGCCCCUUGUGGCCACUGGGAUAACCUUAGAGGCUUGGCAUAGGCUACUAUUUGUUUUUUGUGUUUCCUAAACUUUUCUCGUGUUCUUGAUGCUCCCAGUUUAUUUUUGUUUUUGUUUUUUUGUUGCCAAAGUGGAAGUGGGCAGCCUAUGGGAUGUUGGAUCCCAGCCUAAGCAGUGAACAAGGUCAGCACUGACACCCAAGACCGCAGAUUCACUCAGAAACAUGGGGCUUCCUUGGACUCACUGUGUUUGGGUAUUUCUGUCCUGGAUUUUGGUGUGUUCUACACUACAAAUUGCUAUCGAGGGAGGCAGGGCUGGCCUGGGUGUGGGAUGUCAAGGCACAGUCUAGCCAUCGUCCCUCUAGGCUUCCUGGGAAUGCACUCGCCUGCUCUGGAUGUUGAGCUGCCCUCUGUCCUGAGGAGCAGGGGGGCAUCUGCCAUGCCAUCCCAGGGUGCAGAGUUCUCUCGAGUACUAGGGGGCGGGAGGUGCUGGGACUGAGUUCAUCAUAGAGUCGGCAUAUGGCCUUAUUAAAAUGCUGUUGCGAAUAAAUGGAUCCCCAUAAACGUU